AGAGGAAUGGAGCGCUCCAGGAACUCUAUCCUCCUCGAACUGAGAAAACUUUGAAACCUUUGCUAAUUUGUUGAAGUAAUGUAACUACUUACUUGGAAAAGCUUUAUAUAACUGUAUCUUACAUUAUUUGGUGACUGAAAAAUGGCGUCGGAGGUUAAAUUAAACGGGAAUGAACUUUUGGAAGUUGACAUAUGUGACGGCGGUGUGUGUUCCGAGGAGGAAAGUGGAGUUUUUGUCAACUCCACCGCCUCCUUCCAGGAUGACUUUACGGGCUUUCAGCAGUGGACCAGCCCUGCCGAGUCCCCGAAUGACACAUCAUCAUCAUCACCAUCUCCGGGACAGCAGGACGUCUCUGGAGAAGACGGAGCUCCGCCUGGCACUGGGACUGCCACACCAAGGACUAACAUGGCUGGUGACACCGACUCCGAAUGCUCGGGAGGUGAGGUGAGAGCUCCGAGGACUUCCAUCGUGGACUGUCUUCUGGUGGAGCUGUAUGAGACGUACAGCGGAGGCAGCAGGAGGAAUGUGGACAGCUGGGACAGCUCCACCGAAGCGUCCGGAUCUGAUGCCUUUCUGGGCCGCAGCAACACCGCGUCCAGCUUCCUCCAGGAGCUCCAGGAGAAACACACCAGGAGGCAUCAGAUGAACUACCUGGCCCAGAAAGCCCCUGAAGAGCUGUGUUCAAUCAUCCAGGAGGUCAAAUACCGUACUGGUUUGCAGUCAGCUAAACUCAUUCGUCAACUCAAGAGACGAGACCGACUUUGCCACAAACUGCAGAAGAACUAUGACAUAAUCACAGCAUGCCUUCAAGCUGUCUCACAAAAGCGACGAGUUGACACAAGACUGAAGUUUACAAUUGAACCAUCCCUAGGAAAGAAUGGAUUCCAGCAGUGGUAUGAUGCCCUUAAAGCAGUGGCAAGGCUCCCCACUGGAAUACCCAAGGAAUGGAGGAAAAGGGUCUGGCUAACACUAGCUGACCAGUACCUCCACUCCAUCUCUAUUGACUGGGAGAAAACGCUGCGUUUUGCUUUUAAUGAGCGUAGCAACCCAGAUGAUGACUCCCUCGGCAUUCAGAUUGUCAAGGACUUGCACAGGACGGGCUGCAGUUCAUACUGUGGCCAGGAGGGGGAGCAGGACAGGGUGGUGCUGAAAAGAGUGCUGCUCGCUUAUGCUCGCUGGAAUAAAACUGUGGGCUAUUGCCAAGGAUUCAACGUACUGGCUGCACUCAUACUGGAAGUUACAGAAGGCAAUGAGAGCGAUGCACUUAAGGUGAUGAUCUAUCUGAUUGACAAAGUUUUGCCAGAGAGUUAUUUUGCCAACAAUCUGCGUGCAUUAUCAGUGGACAUGGCAGUGUUCAGAGAUCUGCUGCGUCUGAAGCUGCCACGUCUUUCCCAACAUCUCCACCACCUGCAGAAAGCUGCUAACAGGGAGGCUGGAGGCAGCUAUGAGCCCCCGCUGACCAACGUCUUUACUAUGCAGUGGUUCCUGACCAUGUUUGCCACCUGUCUGCCAGCUCCCACCGUGCUGAAGAUCUGGGACUCAGUUUUCUUUGAGGGAUCAGAGGUGCUUUUUCGAGUUGCCCUCGCCAUCUGGGAGAGACUGGGAGAGAGGAUAGAGUACUGUCAGACUGCAGAUGAGUUUUACAGCACAAUGGGUUGUCUGACUCAGGAGAUGCUGGAGGACAACCUUAUUGAUCCUGCCAAACUCAUGCAGGAAGUUUACUCCAUGGCAGUGUUUCCCUUCCCACAACUGGCUGAACUGAGAGAGAAAUACACCUACAACAUCACACCAUUCCCUACCUCAGUCAAAUCCAAUGGAAGUGGUGGUCUGGGCAGUUGGGAAAGUGAUGAUGAUGCAGACAUGGACGAUGAAGAUGCUAUGGUCACAGCCCUCGGUUGUCUGGGCCCCCUGGGUGGCCUGCUGGCUCCUGAGCUUCAGAGAUACCAAAAACAUCUUAAGGACCAGCGCACAGAGCAGGGUAACAUUGCAGAGCUGAGCCCAGGAGCAGUGGGAGCUGGAGCAGGAGGAGCUGGAGGAGGUGGAGGAGGUGCUCGGGCAGAGCAUCAGGCAGCAAUCAACAGCAUGAUGAUGGAAAGGAUGAGCACUGACAUCUGUGCCCUGAAGAAGCAAUAUGCACGCAUCAAGAGACGGCAACAGCAACAGGCUAUGCAACUCUACAUUCGCACAGGACCUGUACCUGAAGUGGCCACAAAUCCAGGUAUUCUCCAGGACCAUCCCAACAAACACAUCAGGGGCACUGAACACCACACUGACGAGAAGUGCCCCGCCACCCGUGUCCUGGCCUCCCAGCUGAACCCCUCAAGCACAGUGAUCAACCACCUCCUUGUGGGUCGAAAACCACAUGGAGGUCCCCGGGGCUCCAGACCUACAUCCACUAGUACAUCCACACUACCAGGCACUCGAUCUGCUGUUCUGGCGCAGGGUUCACCAGCCAGGCAGCGCUGCAGCUCACUGGCCUCCAACAGCACUGGGUCUCCAGGGAGUUCAGCAGGGGGCAUGGGGUCACCAUGGCGAGCUCAUGUCAGGGCUCACCGCAGGAAUGUAGCCCGGGCCAGAGCACAGCUGGGCUUUGAAGAUUCAGAGGAAAAAGAGGAGGAAACUGAAGGAUCUGUGAGAAGAGAGAGUGAAGAAACUAGGGAAGACGAAGAUGAGGAAAGAAAUGUUGAGGACCAAGAGGAGCCUUCAUCUCCUGACCUCUCUGUUACAGGGUCGGCAUGUGAAGAUGUGACAAAAAAUGCCCACGUGGGAGAUGUAGUGGUGCAGCUGAGUUCCUUAGACCUUGAAGAUGAAUCAAACCCGAACUCACAAAACAAUGCAAACACACAACCCAAUUCUCCCUCCACGGUACCAGAGUUUAAUACUGCAUCUGAAGUUCCUCUUCUGCCCUCAUCAAACACACAGACAGAGUCUGACGAGUCACAAGGAAACACUGGUGCUGACAGACAGAUUCCUACCAUUGCUCCACCUCCAUCUCAUCACUCCUCCAACUCCUGCAUCUCUUCUUCCUUACCUUCCCCUUCAAACACUUCCCCCUCCCCAGCUCCAUCCACUUCUGUUGAUCCGUCUGUCUCCGUCUCCGCCUCCCCCACACCACCCUCCACCCAUACACCAACCUCUACAUCCCAUUUCCCAUCAUCCUCUUCAGCUAACGGUCUCUCCACUCUCUUCACCCCACCAUCCUCAGGUUUUUACAAGACUUCCUGCCCUUCUACUCCUUCUCUCUCCUCUAUCUCCUCAUCUACCAAAUCACACAUGUCCUCUUCUCCAUCCACCCCUGCUUUUUCAUCCACCAUCUCCUCCACUCCUAAACAGCAGGUUUUUUCCCCCUUUCCAUGUGUGAAGCAGCCUAGGAAAUCAGUAGCAGCCAGAAACCUUGGUCUGUAUGGUCCUACAUCCAGAACACCCACAGUACAAUUCCCUCAACUCAGCCGCAACCUCAACCGCAGUAGCGCUGCUGGCACCACUGGGAGGCGCUAAAAACCUGUAAUAGCAUCCUACUAUUACACCACGUUGCCUCCAACAUAUCACAAAAUCACUAUCCAUUUUUUGAGGUAGACUGAAGUUUCUAUAAACUUUAACAUUACAGACACACUUUUACAUUUAUAAACUGAGUAACUUUAAAGUGUAAAUUUCUAGUAAGAGGAAAUUACACUUGUUUAGUGUUUCACCUGCAUGGGUACUGUUUUACACCAUACCUGAGGAGUUGAAUUCCAGGAAUAGGAUUUUACAGUGGCCUAUGCAGAUCUGUUACCAUAUUAGAUGCAUAGAUGUGAAUUCCAAAGCAUUUACGCUUGACAUGUGUAUCUCUACAACAGUGGUUUGCGAUCCUUAAUAAAAGGAUUCUCUGUUUACUGAAACAUGAAAUGAGUCAGUCUGGACAAUCUCUUCCUCCAGGACUUAUGGACAAUGUGUAAAAACACCGACUUCCCUUUGAGAUUACACAAUAGCCAUCCAAUUGUUACUAUGCCAAGUAUUUAUAGGAAACCACACACUGAAGAAGAAAUGCCUAAGAAAAUAUCUGAGUGAAGAUUGUAAAAGAGAAAUAUGCUGUUGUGAUGUCCAAAAGCACUUAAACAUCUUUUUUUCUGUUACAUGUUAUCGGUCUUUAUGCAUCCACGCUGUGUCUCUAAUGUUGGAUAUGAGGAAUGUAAUAUGUGAGAUAUGAUAAUACAGUGUCAAUGAAGGCUGAUGUGAGCACUGCUUGACUACUUUGUGUUUUGGGGUUUGUAGAGAAUUUGGCAAACCUAAAAAAACAAACAAAUUAAUCAUCUACAUAAACUAGAUGGUUCAUAAAUGUAUAUUUUGGAAUGUAAAUGUGCAAAAUUACCACAUCACAUAAACCGUCAAAGUACUUUUUAAUAUGACCUUUCACUUUUUGAGCUGGAAAUAUUGAGGCAGCUGAAACUGGCAUUUAUUUGUCUCGCCCUGUACUUCUCUGUCUAGUAAACUUGCAUACACAGAAGAGACAAACUGUCAGGACAAAGAUGUUUGAAUCAAGGCAAGAAAAAAAUGUGUCUCUUUUGGAGUAAUUUAGGCAGUCUGGAUGUUGAAUAUCAGUGAGGGAAAAAUGACUUGCACCCUUUUUUUUUUUACUGUCAAAAGCUCAGUAUUUUUCUUUCUUACUACUGUGUAGAAAGUCUGAGAAAGGAAACAAAUUCUUCAAAACAAUGGAAAAUUUGUCACUUGACCUGGCUCAUGUUUACUUUCCUCCAUUUUUAGUUUCCAAAAUAAUAAAAAGAAAACCAGAGUUGUCGAAAAUGAUUUAACUUGAAAGCAACAGAAGAUGUGUAAAUAAUGUGAUUAAGGUUAGACUGCUGUAAAGAGGAGCUUUAAAGUCCAGAGGCUAAUGUUGACAUCAUAGUGGUUUGUGUUUGUGCCAAGGCUCAGUUUGUUGAAGGUAAUGACAGCAUUGGUAAAUAGCUGGAGCAGAUGUCAUCUUAUAUUUUCUGGUUUUACACCUGUCUGCUACCAGAAAUGUAUUCAUUACACUUUCACCUCACAUCAGCUGUCAUUAUUGACAGUAAUCUCAUUAGAAUGUUGGAUCUUCAGUGGUUAUAAUGCAUUGCAUGGUUCAUUCACAUUCGCUCUUUCAGUUUUGUACUGGAGGACUGGGAAUAUACUAGG